AUGCAACAGAGCACAGGAACAAUCAACUUUAGAUUCACAGACCCAACGAUAACAGAUUUCCAACCCCGCCUCGGCCCUGAAGCCGGUGGGACGGCAGUUGGUGUGAAUGGUGCGGCCCUCAACACAGGACGCGAUAUUGAAGCGUUUAUCGGCGACAAUCCUUGCAACAUAACAGGCCAACCAGUUGAAUCCAUGCUAGAAUGCACAACCACUGCUGGCCGAGUUGGAUAUAAAGAUGUUGUGAAACUCUCCUUUGAUGGGGCCAUGAGAACCUCAUCAGAUAUGUACACCUACACUGAGAAUCCUACCAUUACUGAGGUGUCUCCUCUGAAAAGCAUCGUUUCGGGUGGUCGAAUGUUGGCUGCUACUGGCACUUUGCUAAACACAAGCAGAAACCGUCAAAUCUUUGUCACCUAUGGAAAUGGUGAUCUUAAAGAGGAAUGUCAAGGUGGAUCUGCAACGAGCAUGGAGUGCCGGUCUCCUAACAUAACAGACCUCAACAUGAGGAAUGAAAAGUUGACCUUUGGCUUCAUCAUGGAUGGAGUCACUCAACUGUUGACCUGGUCUCAGGAUAACGAUGUCGACUUAGAGUACUUUGAGGAUCCAGUGUAUUACAAAUUUGAAGGCGGCAUGAAGGACAAAGAAGGAGAAACCUUGCGAAUUAUGGGCGAGCGGAUUGACAGCGCUAUCACAGAGGGAGAAAUUGUCGUGAGGAUCGGCGAAGAGAGCUGUACCAUUAUCCUGUUCAGUGCGACAACACUCGUAUGUGAAUUGCCCGAUGAGGCACCAGCAGCCGGUGACUACAUGGGAGGAGAUACCGGGAAAGGUCUGCCUGUUGUAUGGGUUUUCCACAAUAACUUAAAAUCUCGGUUGGGCUACUUGGUCUAUCCCACGGUGCCACUUGUCGCUAUACUUGUACCGAGUUUGACCAUCCUACUCUCCAUGGCGAUACUUCUCCCUGCUACCUUCGUGUACUGCAGACAAUUGCGAAGGAAGCGCACCCAUGACCGAAGACUGCUGGGCAGGAUAGUUGCGAUUCAUCUCGAAAUUGACUCCCACGUCAAAAGACGCAGGGGGUAUAGAUCCCAGAAACAUUCGGAAUCUGCUCAGCCAAAACAAAAGCGCAUUGUCCUGAACAACAAGGUCAGCUUCGUUCCCGACGACAUUCAUAUCGACUUCAGCCAACUGGAAUUGGGAGAAACUCUCGGACAAGGUGCAUUUGGGCGUGUACUGAAAGCUGUUCUACACGAUACGUCCGGGGAAGAUCAAAUUGUGGCAGUGAAGACAGUGCAAGAUUAGUGACGAGAAUACACCUCGGACCCGAAAAAUGUGGUGAAGUUUUUGGAGGAAGGCCUGGUCAUGAAAACUUUCGACCAUGUAAACGUGCUGGGGCUUCUGGGGUUGACCUUUGACGCAGACAAACACCCCUUGGUGGUGAUACCCUUCAUGGCAAACGGUGACCUCAAGACAUAUCUGAUCAAGAAGAAACAGACCUUGGCGACAUCUCUGCUGAUGAGGUUUGCCUCACAUGCCGCACUCGGUAUGAGUUACUUGGCUCAGCACAAGUUUGUCCACAGAGAUCUUGCGGCCAGAAAUUGCAUGGUGGAUAGUGAUCUUCUGGUGAAGAUAGCUGAUUUUGGACUAUCCCGUGACAUGCACAAUUCGGAUUACUACACAAGCGGCGAUGUCCAGGCUAAGCUGCCUAUCAAAUGGAUGGCUCCCGAGUCCAUGGAACGUCGAGUGUACAACGCCAGGACUGACGUGUGGUCAUACGGUGUGCUCCUGUGGGAGAUAUUCAGUAGGGGUGCAAGACCGUAUCGAGGAAUACCCAACCAAGAUGUGUAUGAUUUCUUGAAGAGUGGUCAACGCAUGGAUGCUCCAAAGAACUGCCCGCCAGAAAUCUACGGCAUAAUGGUACGUUGCUGGCAGGACAACCCAAAGUCACGUUGCACAUUCGUCCAAGUCGCCAAUGAGCUGGAAGAACUGUUGGAGGGAGACCGCGACUACGUAGCAGCUCCUAGUGCGGGUGCGGUUGGUAAGCGACCCAUCGAACAUCGCCAAGAACCUGGUGUCACAGACGACAGCUAUCUGGUCCCGAUGCAGCAGGAGACCGCCUUUGGUGCUGACGGCCCGUGUAGUGACGGAGAAACCAGCGGGAGCCAUGCGACUGCUGCCCAUGAUCCCUUGGAUUAUGUUAAUAAAAUUGUCAUUAGAUAAGUGCCGUGCACAUUCCCCGAUAAGAAAUAUCCGAAAAGAAAAUAGUUUGAAGAAAAAGUCUGUUUCAAGUGGCCAACAUAUUAAAAUCUUUGCUUAUCAAGAUGGAUACAAAGGACACACUCCUUGCUCACUUUUAUUUCUAAGAAAAAAGAUUUAACCUUUCAAGUUUUUUUUUUCUCCGUGGAUUAGAAUGAAAUCGUUUACAAUAUAAAGAAGGUAGCAAGCUAAAAUAAUAGCUAAAACAUGUAUUUUCAGCGUCUUAAACCAAUGCCAAAUGCCUUUUUUUUCCGAUUGACAUUGUAGUUCAUGGACAGUGGUAUAUUAAUCUGAGGUAUUAUUGUUGUUUAAUAUCAUUGAAUGAAACGUUCGCAUGCAGUUACGUAAUUUGUAUUACUUCAUAAUAUUCGGAUUUUCCGCAAAUAAGUGCCUGAUUGUUUUUUAAGAAGAAAAUGCUUACAUGUUAUAAUACUAAUAAUCUAAAACCGUUUAAUCUAAAAUACACAGUGAAUUUACAGUAUUGUAUUGUAUAACCAUUGUAGCUAGGUAAAUUGCAACAUUUUAAAACAAGAUCCUACGUUAUCUGAAUUUUGUAAAAUAUGUUCCUGUAAAAACUGUAUAAUAAUAAUAAGCCAUUCAUGUUUAAUUACAAAUGAUAACUUGCCGAUUGGGAAAUUUCUUCACUGAUUCCUGCAAGCUGCAAAAAAUCAUUUAUAUAAAUAUGGGUAAAGUUAUCAGGAAAUUAACAUCUGUCGGUAUCGCAAUAAAACUAGAAGGAACAAACAAUAGCAAUGUUAUUUAGUUUAACGAAUUGCACAUGGGUUUUUAUUAAGAUAAAUCGUUUAUUACAUAAAUGACAUUUUAUAUUUGGAAUACCUGUUAAGGCCUAUAUUCUUAGUAGACAGAUGGCACGUGCAUAUGCAAUUCUUUGCAAAAUAAAUAUGAAGUGUAGCUCAUUUUAUUAAAAUCAUAUCUUGUUUACCUUUAAAAAAAGCU